UCUGACUGCUGACCGUGGAUGGAUUUCUUCGCCAAACAGGAGGCCUUGGAAUUUUUCUGGAUUUCUUUUUGCUCUUGGUCAUUUUCUUGCUUUUACGACUUCCCGAUCCAUUUACGCCGCCCAUUCUUUUCUUCUUUUUCCUCUGCAGCAAGCAAAUCUCUCUUCAUUUCCCUCGGGGGGUUUUUUUCGGGUGCCGACGCCGACAGGAAACCUUGAGGCGCACAUGCCGCGGCUUUCUACAUGACCCAACAUUCCCCAACUGCGAUACUUCGCAAUGGCCUGCGACUGCUUGUCCCGCUUUCGGUAGCUGCCACAAUUUCCCUUUAUCUCUACCCUAUCUUCGCCGGCUGCGCGUUUCCCCUACCUCCAGACCAGUAUGGCAUUAGCUCGGCCGACACGGGUCGGGCUGCUUUUGUCGAAACUGCCAAGCUUCACUGGCCAUUCUCGAACACAACCGACAACUCCUCCCUCUCCUCCCUCUCCUCCCUCGCCGACCCCCUUCGAAGCCAUGCGCCGUUUCGUCUGCUUGCGCUCGGCGAUCCCCAGCUCGAAGGCGAUACCUCGAUCCCGACGGACUACCUCGGCGUCUUUCCGCAUUUGAGGAGCCUGGUCCGGCGUCUGACGUUCCGGUCGAGCCAUGCGUCGUUUCGCCACCGCGUUCGGGACAGCCUGCACGACGUGGUUGACAUUCUGCUCGAAGAUGUCUUCAAUGCACUCGAGUCGGUGCGCAAGCGUAUCGACCUGUUCGGCAACGACUUCUACCUCGCCCAUAUAUACCGUACAUUACAUUGGUGGACGCGCCCAACCCACGUCACCGUUCUGGGCGACCUGGUUGGAAGCCAGUGGCUCGAAGAUGCCGAGUUUUUCCGUCGCGCCAGCCGCUUCUGGAGCCGCGUUUUUCGGGGCGCUGAGCGAGUCCCUGAUCAUCUGGCUGCGUACCCGGCCGAUGAAUACGAUCUGACGGGCCAUCUCGACGGCGGGGCGUCAAACGAGUCGAGAGCCUGGACGCGCCGCGUCAUCAAUGUGGCGGGGAACCACGACAUUGGCUAUGCGGGAGAUAUAAACGAGAACAGGGUUGAAAGAUUCGAGCGUGCGUUUGGCAAGGUCAAUUACGAGCUCCGCUUCGAGCUGCCUUUGACCAACACGUCUCUGUUGGAGACAGCAUACGACGCAACCAAUAACCCCGAUUCAAAUCGCCUCCUUCCCGAGCUGCGCGUCGUUGUGCUCAACGACAUGAAUCUCGAUACCCCCGCCGCCUCGGCAGAACAUCAGGAUGCCACAUACGCCUUCAUCAAUAGCGUCAUCAACACGGCUGCUGCUGUCGAGUUUAAGGGCCACUUCACGCUCGUCUUGACCCACAUUCCGCUAUACAAACCUGAGGGUGUCUGCGUAGACGACCCCUUCUUCGACUUUCACGGUCACGAUGGCUCCCUCAAGGAGCAGAACCAGCUAAGCGCCGAUGCCAGCAAGGGCUUUCUGGAAGGCAUCAUGGGCAUUUCGGGCGACGUCCACGCUCCGGCCCACGGGCGCGGCAGGCGCGGCAUCAUUCUGAAUGGGCAUGACCACGAAGGCUGCGACACGUGGCAUUACAUCAACCAGACCAUUGCUGAUCGGGAAAAACGAGGCUGGGAAGUCAAGCGUUGGCGGCAGGCCACCAAGAACGCCAUAGUUGGACAGCCCGAUGUUCCUGGUCUCAGAGAAAUCACGGUCCGCAGCAUGAUGGGCGAGUUUGGCGGAAACGCUGGGUUGCUAAGCAUUUGGUUUGAUGAGGCCAACUGGGAAUGGCGUGCCGAGUACGCGACAUGCCCACUGGGCAAGCAAUACUUGUGGUGGCUCGUCCAUAUUGUUGAUCUAGUUGUCAUUGUUGGCAUUGUGCUCUCCGUCUCUCUCGGACUACUUGCAUCAUCGGGCGUGGACGUGGACCAAGCAAUUACCAACCUUGCGUUGCGAAUCCUCCGCAUAUUUUGGGGCGGCCAAAAUCCUGGUGCGAUACAUCCUGGUGCUCCGACGUCUAUGGCUAAGAGAGAGAGAGAGAAGGCGGCCAUGAGGUUGACGCCUUCCUAAGCUUGUAUAUUUGUUCCUUUUUUGUUGGAUAGGGCCGUUUUUACUGUAAAAUAAUUGUCGAGUUGGAUACCACUGUUCCCUUUUGCCAAUGACCCGCCCACACCACAUAGUAAAUAGAUAGAAGUGUUAGGAAAUAACAUAAAGAUCCAGAGAUAAAAUCUCCU